AUGACUUCGCGCAUCCUGUGCUGGUACAUCGCGUGGGAAACCCAUGAUACAGCCCCGCGCACGUUCUUCUCGACUGGUCGUGUGCGUGCAUUCGAGUGCCGCACACGAGCAUCUUUCGCUAUCAACCUCUCUCUCUCUCUCCCCGACUCUGCAAUCACUCCUGCCGUCUACGCCGCCAGCGUCAACCCCCCUCGUCGCGCGAAGCGAGUGCGUACGGACGAGUUACGGCCUCUUGCGCCAGCGUCAGGAACUAGCAUGAGUGCGCAUCUGGAUCUAGGCGCCGACCAAGACUUCGACGGGGACGACAUGGACGACGAUGACGAGGUGCAGGCUGACGAGGAUGUCGUGCCACCUCCUCGCCGCCGCGGCCGUAAGCCCUCGACCGUCUCACGAGCCGCGCGCGAGAGCCAACGGCGGCAAAAUCACUCCCGCAUCGAGAAGGCUCGCCGCACGAAGAUCAAUGACGCGCUGACCGCUCUCCGCCGUCUAGUGCCCGGCCCGGUCGAGGACGAAGAGGAAGAGCUGGACACGAACGGGAAGAAGCGCCGACAGGAGAAGGAGUUCAAGCUCGAGGUGCUCGAGCGCACUGUGAUCUACGUACAAGAGCUUCAGGAACAGGCUGCGGGCAGCUCCGACGAUCGCGAGUUCACGCCUCUCCCGCCUCCGAUGCCUCCAGCUGCUCCCUCGUGGAAAGAUGCGCCGUCGCGCCGUAUGUCCGUCUCGCAGUCCCCCAUGACUCGCGCUAGCAACCCGGCCCUCAGUGCAUACCCUUCGCCUCUCCUACUCCCGACGGCUUCAAAUACGCCGAUGCUCCAGCCCAUCGACUCGUCCAUGCGCACUACAAGCCUCCCGUCUAUCUCGAGCUGGCUGGGACAUGUCCCCCCUUCACCAUCAGUCCAGCCAGAGCGUUCGUCGCAUUCAAUCGCUACGCUGCGCCCUCAACGCCCGCCAACUUCACUCCCAACGCCGCCUACGUCUGGCUCACUAGGGCCGACCGCGUGCGCGUCCUUACCACCAGCUCUUGCGCUUGAGCUUCCGGGUACCGCGUCGAGAGAUGCCUUUGCGAAGAAAGACAAAGACGACAAGUCGGACUGGACGCCGGAGGACGAAAGCGCUGCAAGCCUGCUACUCAAUAUGCGCACAAGCCCGCGUGACGCGCAGGCGCAGACACCCUCGAGUCUCCUGGGAAUGGAAUCUUCCAAGACAACGCCACGCAAUUUCGCUAUCGCUGAUACAACUUCUAGCAGCUUGCGACGCGGCUGA